AUGAACCCAAGAGGCCGCCGCAGCCGAGGAAGAGGGUCCACGACCUCUGAUCGUCCGGAACAAAACCCAGAUCAAGGGCGCCAGGGAAGCAAGUCUAAGGUCGUCGGGUCGCAGUUAGCCCCAGGAGCAGUCGUGUACAAAACUGACACCGCUCGUCAACUCGGCGCCGUCGGAGAUGACGCCGAUGAUGCAUCUGAAUGGGACUGGGAGGGGCAAGGGAAGUCAUUGGCAGAAAAGCGCGAAGACCUGCCUGUAUCUCGCAGCCAAUGGCAGGAAAUGAAAGCACGCGAACGUAAUGUUUCCACCGAACACCGCAAUGACAAUAGAGAUGUCGUAGCAUCAAUGGUGGCUGCACAUCUACGGCGCCAGAAUCAGGGCGCCAGGGCUGAAGACACCGCGGGGAACCCGAGCUCGUCCCAAAACGACGCCGCGUUGCCACUUCGGGGAGAGGACGACAUUGCUGACGCUCCGGCGUCAUUUUCUAUCUUCGCUUUGGGUGGCUCCUUUGACGACAGCGACGACGAUAACGAUGACGACGGCGAACCUAACAACGAUGAAGUCAAUGUCAAAGGUAACCCUUUGACUAGCGUGAAUGAUGCAGAAAAGCUUCAGGACUAUUGGACCGGCCAAACUGAUUACAGCGAACCGGCGCCGUCUCAACCCAGUGAUGCUGAUAUGUCGACAAUUUUUGGUCCCACUCCAUCGACGCCUGUAUCACAUCGCGAUCAGCAUGCCCAUGUUGCUGAGGCUGCUCCCGAACGCGACGUACCUCCUGAUGCGGUUGUUGGUGGACUGGGCUUGAUGACUCCAGUGAAUAUGACUAAUGUGGAGUUCCGAAAUGCAGUCCUUUCACGCAUGAUGGCUGAGCACAUGCACACCAACUCCGCAUUCAUUUUGAAUGCGUUUGUUGAUCACAUGCUUCUGCGCCUAGAACCGGUCAGAGGGGAGACGGCAGAAGAGACGAUCGACUCACUCAUUGGGGUACUCAAUAGAGGGGAGGCGCCGCUGCAGGCCGUGUUUCCUAUGCUACAGGAUGGACACCAGGGCGGAUGGACCAGUCAAUCAAUCAACGCAGCGAUACGUCACCUUUCCCUGUUAUUCAUGUUUGAUGGCGCCGGGCGACACAGCGUCAGUGGGGAGAGCGCAGGGCAGUGA